AUGUGCACCCACCUACUCAGCAAAUAUGAUCUGAAUAUUUAUCUUGGCAUUCUCUCUCAUUACAAGGUAUCAACGAUUUCAACGUUGCCAUUCAUCGCGAAUAAGAUUGCCAAAUCUGCAUUGUUGGACAGCUACGAUAUGUCCGGCUUGAAGGAAAUAGUCUGUGGAACUGCACCACUCUCCCCUGACAUUGCCGCACUGUUGGUCAGUCGUCUGCCCAAUGUUCAAGUUCGCCAAGCAUACGGACUGACAGAAUGCAGUGGCAUGUGCAGUAUCGUUCCAGGAGACCUCUGCAAUGGAAUACUUCCGACAUCAGUUGCAGCAGCAGUUGGAGAUGACGACGAUGAUGACGUUCAUGUUGAUUUCAAUGGCAACCACAUCUUCAACAACAAUAACAACAACAACAAUAACCACAUUUCUGACGAACAUAAUGACAUCAACAUAAACAACACCAGCAGUGGAGUUAAUGUUGCCAGUGCCAACAACAGCAAUCUCAUUAACAACAAGAACGACGGCUUAAGCAAAAACAACAACACUGAUAACGUUAACACAAGUCAGAAAGACAACAACACCAGCAACAACAGUCCUAACAACAACAAAAUCAAAAUCAAAGAGUUGUACGGCGAACUGGAAGACAUAAAUAAGUCCGUCUAUUCCACAGAACUGAAAACAGUUAAAGAUAAAACUGCUUCUAUUGGCACACCAUUACCUGGCGUUAAGAUGAAGAUUCUCUGUGUAAACACGGAAAAAGUCCUGGGACCUCUGCAGCCGGGCGAGUUGUUGGUGAAAUGUUCCAUGGUGAUGGCUGGAUACAGGAACGCUAUGAUCCCACCGGAGCAAGUCCCACGGGCCAUCGACGAGAAUGGAUGGCUGCACUCUGGCGAUCUCGCUUAUUUUGACGAGGAUGGCUACCUUUACAUAAUUGACAGGUUGAAGGAUUUCAUAAAGUUCCGCUCAAUCCAGGUAUCUCCAGUAGAGAUAGAGUCAGUACUGAUGAGUCAUCAUGACGUCAUCGACGCUGGCGUCUUCAGCGUCCCUCACCCAGACGACGGCUUUCAUCCAGCCGCCUGGGCCGUGGUCAGGCCUGGGUCAAAGGUCACUGGCGAACAACUACAACAAUAUGUAGCUGAGCGUGUGGCAUGUUACAAGGAGUUGAAGGGAGGAGUGGAUAUUGUGGAGAAGAUCCUGAGGUCCCAGACAGGAAAGAUUCUGAGGAGGUCCAUGUACAAGAUAAAUAAGUGA